CCUCUUUCAACUCUUCCGAAAUACCAAAGCAACCAAAUCAAUUCAUCCAUAAAAUAAUUUCAUACUUCGUUUCAUAUAUUAAAUUAAUCUUCACCAUGUUUUCUUGAUAUUUGACACUGAUUCUUGAAUAAUAAAAAGAUACCCUUGUAGCCUUAAUUUCCUUCUUCAAUAUGCUUUGUUUCUAUUCCCAUGUAAUGACACAAAGGAAUUUUUUGAGUUAUUCUUCCAUGUCACAUUCAAUUCUUCCAUAAAAUCUCAAAUUUGAUAUCUAUCUUUAGUUAUCUACAUUUUGCUCUUAUGUCUCUCAUGGAAGAUACUGAUGAUGAGUUCUUGAGUCUCAGCCUUGCUAUUGUGGAAGAUAAUUCCUGCGCCGCUACCGACAGGAGGCGAAAGAGGAAGAGGAGGGCUAGUUUUGAUCAUCUUUUGAGUAACGCAUAUGAUCAUGAAGGUUAUUGUGAAGGGAAGGUCUUUAGUCUUCUUCAAAUGAGGGAACAAAUGUUAAAGUUAGACCAUAAAAGAAAAGGAGUUGUUGAGGAAGACGGAAAAGGGCUUCAAUUGAUUCAUUUGCUACUGAUUACUGCCACGGCGGUUGACGAAAACAAUCUCGAUUUGGCCUUGGAGAAUCUAUCCGAGCUCUAUCAAAGUGUGUCGUUAACCGGAGACUCGGUGCAAAGAGUUGUUGCUUAUUUCGCCGAUGGCUUGGCAGCGAGGCUUCUCACUAGAAAAUCUCCUUUCUAUGAUAUGAUCAUGAAAGAACCAACUAAUGAAGAAAUGUUUCUCGCUUUCACCGAUCUUUAUCGCGCCUCUCCCUACUUUCAGUUCGCGCAUUUCACUGCGAACCAGGCAAUAAUCGAGGCAUUUGAGAAGGAAGAAGAGAACAACAACCGUGCAUUACAUGUAAUUGAUUUUGAUGUGUCCUAUGGUUUCCAGUGGCCUUCUCUCAUUCAAUCACUCUCCGAAAAGGCAACGAAUACUAAUCGAAUAUCGCUUCGAAUCACUGGAUUCGGAACAAGCAUCGAAGAACUGCAAGAAACCGAAACUCGACUAGCGAGCUUCGCGAAGGGGUUUAGGAAUCUUGUGUUUGAGUUUCAAGGAUUGCUGAGAGGAUCCAAGCUGAUUAACCUGAGGAAAAAGAAAAAUGAAACAGUUGCUGUGAAUUUAGUCUUUCAUUUAAACACUUUGAACAAUUUUUUGAAAAUAUCUGACACACUGAAAUCAGUUCAUUCACUUAAGCCCUCAAUUGUGAUCUUAGUGGAACAAGAAGGGAGCAGGAGUCCAAGAAAUUUCCUGUCAAGAUUCAUGGAGUCUCUGCACUAUUUCGCCGCGAUGUUCGAUUCUUUAGACGAUUGUCUUCCACAGGAGAGCACGGAGAGGUUAAGCAUUGAGAAGAACAAUCUAGGAAAAGAGAUCAAAAGCAUGCUCAAUUGUGAUCACAUGGAGAAUUCAAACCAUCCAAGAUAUGAGAGGAUGGAGACAUGGAAGUUAAGGAUGGAGAACCAUGGAUUUGAGGGGAUGAAAAUAAGUUCAAAGGCUUUGAUUCAAGCGAAGCUUCUUUUGAAGAUUAGAACCCACCAUUGCCCUCAAUUUGAUGGAGAAAAUAGUGGGUUUAAAGUGUUUGAAAGAGACGAAGGAAGAGCGAUUUCUUUAGGGUGGCAAGAUAGAUAUUUGCUUACAGUUUCUGCAUGGCAUUGUGUAUGAAUAUAGUUUUAAUCUUUCUAACACAUUCAUAUAUAUGUGACUUUAUCAAAUAAUAUUAGGGAUUUGGGAUGCACCAAAUUGUUAUUCGUGCUAAUUGAAGUUGCUCUAUUUCAUCUUCUUGUAUUGGU